UUUUUACCUUGAACAAAAAACAUUUCCAAACACCACAGCUAUCCGUUUUCAUUCCUUAGUCUCUUUUAGCUAACCAAAUCGCCCAGUUCUGAUUCAUUUGUUUCAUUUUCAUUGGUCUUCAGCUCAGCAGCUGUGAUUGUGGGGUUUUGAGUCCGAAGGAUUUUUUCCAUUGAUCCUUCUCUGCAACUGGGUUUGGCUAAACUUGAGGUUAGAGCUUAAUUUAGAGCUCUCAUCGCUGGAACAGUGGGCUCUUGUUGUCGGCUAUAAAUCGAAAUUUGAAUCGUUUGUGUGGGAUUUUCGUGUUUGAUGAAUUCUAUUUUUGAUUUAAAGCUAUGUUACAGUCAUUUGCAUAGAUCUUUUUAAUGGGUUUUCGUUCUGGUUUGCUGUAAGAAUCCUGGGUCAGGAUUUUGAUCGGUGAUCUCCUUUCUCUUUGUGAUCACACAUUAGAAACAAGCAGGUUAAGGGUUUUAUCAAUUGGGUUCCUAUUUCUCUUUCAGCUAUCUUGAUCAAAUGGGCUCAUCUGGGUUUUUCCUUAUAUGCAUGCUUCAUUCUUUGAUAGCUCUAACCUGUGGAACUCUCAUGAUAUUUUACACAAACGAGGUCUCUGUGUUUGGUCAUGGCAUUGAGGUAGCUUCUAAACUAAAAGGAUCAACACCCCAUGACCAACUCUUGAUCCAAACAUCUGAUUCCUUUUCUGGGUUGCUGUUAUUUGCCAUUGGUUUCCUGUUAUUUAUGGUGGCAUUUGUCAAGGAUAGAGAAUUCCAAAGCUUUUUUGCAAAGGGUUGUGUUGUGAUUCAUGUUUCAGUUGCUUUCUGGAGAAUUUACUUUGAGUGGAAGCUUGAAGAUCUAGCUCAUGAUUUGCCAAGACAAGUUGUGGGUGAUAUUGCAUUGGCUCUUUCAUGGGUUUUCUUUCUUGUUUACUCAUGGAGAGAGAAGUAUGAUUAGCUAUAUCACAGAAUCAUUGUGUCAUUGAAAGGCCUUACUGAACUUGAUCACGAUCCUGGGGCUUCUAUUGAAUAAAUUUCAGCUGGAAUUGGUGUAGAGCUGGGUUUCACAGGAGGGAUCUUUGGUUUUCUGGUGCAGAUUGCAGAGUGAAUCUGAAGCUAAAGAACAAUUGGUGGCAACUAUGAAAUCUUGUUUAGGAGAGCUUGAAAUGCUUGAGUUCUAUGAACAGUGGAGAUGGGAUCUGCUCAUGGCUUAUUUGCUUUCAUUUGGAUACUUAAUUUGAUGUUUAGCUAAUAUCAUCAACUUCUGAACUUCCCCACUAAAUUGAUCCUGUUCGUGUACAUUUGAUGAUGACAGGAAUUGCAGAAGUUCAAAAGAAUUUUCUUUCCUCAGACUAUUAAUUAUCUGAAUCUGGGAUAAUGUAGCUCCAAUCCUAUUUGAUAUAGAAAAUCUCUUUUUAUUUGUCAUAAAAAAAUUCUAAAAUUUUCUAUUGUGACAUUUUCAAUGUGCUUUAAUGAAAUAGUUAAUCAACCAAAUCAAACAAUUUAUGCCAUGAAAGAAUAGUGUAAUUAAACUAGUAAACUCCAGAAUUGUUGAUGAUAAAUAACUUUUCCCAUUUGAUGAUUUUGCUAUAGUUUGAAUAUAUUCAAUACAUUUCACUACCCAAAAGAGAGGGAUAAUAAUAAAAUAAAAAUCAAAAUAUAAAUAAGGAUCUCACUUGCAAUAGAGGAAAGAUUUUUUUUUUUUUAAAGGUUUUUUCUGAAAAUAAAGGCUUUCCCAUAUUUGUGAUAUUGCUGUAGUCUCUUGUUUUCAAAGUGAAAACUCCGUUGGAAAAGGCUUGGAUCAAACUGUGGGUAAUAAAUUAUGAAAUUGAAAAAGAUUUGAAUGGUAGACAACUUACCUUUGCUUUUUAAAAUAAAGUAAAAUUCGUCACAGAUUUUAAAUUUUUUUUUUUUUUUAAAUAUCGGGGGAGAUUUUUUAAUUAACACAAUACAAAAAAGGUGUAAACGAUAUCGUUUUGUAGGCCACUUAAGGCACAAACCACUUUUUUCUUCUUCAGAACGUGUCUUUUCUUCUUCGAGAAUCUGCAGAGAACGUGUCUUUGAUCUUCGUAGACGCAUAGCCCGCUCCAAAAUCACCGACAAAACUUCGCCUUCCAGUCUCUCGCCUCUCCUCUUUCAAUCAGUUCCCCUCUUUCAGUAAUAUUUUUUAGACUGUAACAAUGGGUGGGCUGCCUUUGCAAAAUGCUUCCUCUACCUUAGCUCUGCCAGGAUCAGAGCAAAAUAAGGGUUCAGCAAUGACAACAUCUGUAACAGAAUCAAAGCCAAAAAAGAAGAUAUGCUGUGCCUGCCCUGAAACCAAGAAGCUGAGAGAUGAAUGCAUUGUGGAGCAUGGUGAAACUGCUUGUGCAAAGUGGAUCGAGGCUCAUCGUCUGUGCCUUCGAGCUGAGGGUUUUAAUGUUUGAAGUUGAUUCAGAUGGUUGAGUGUUGAUAUAUUGAUAGUUUGAUACUAUUUUGGGGCAUAGGAUACUUGCUUUUGGAAUUACAUACACAAUAUUUAAGGAAUAAAACAAGAAAAGGCAGCUUUUCUUACGGAUUUUAUUUCA